ACAACAGGGGUCUCAAGACAAGAGAGCCCCAGGCUGAAUAAAGAACUGCACGAUAUAGGAUAUACGGAAAACCUUUCCAGGGAAAAGCUACAUCUUUGAUUUGAACGCAGAUAACACACAACGUUUAAGUUCUGAUAAUUAGAUCUUCCAAGAUGAAGUUCGUAAGGUAUAUAAUGAGGAAUGCUGCUAUGCUGAAUGCGCCCAAGCAUAUUGAUUAUUACGCGAAAUUUUCUCCAUCGCCGUUGUCAAUGAAGCAGUUUCUGGAUUUCGGAUCCACAAAUGCAUGCGAGAAAACAUCUUUCGCUUUCCUCAGACAAGAGCUCCCCGUCAGACUAAGCAACAGUCUGAAGGAAAUCCACCUUUUACCGGACCAGCUUAUAAUGACUCAGUCCGUUCAGCUAGUUCACAGCUGGUUUGUCCAAAGUCUGAUGGACAUCCUGGAAUUCCAAGACAGGAGUCCCGAUGACCCUAGAGUUCUUGCCGAAUUCGUGGACACUCUGGUGACCAUCAGGAACAGGCACAAUGAUGUGGUACCCACCAUGGCCCAGGGCGUCAUCGAGUAUCGAGACGCGUUUGGGGCAGACCCGGUGACAAGUCAGAACAUUCAAUACUUUCUGGACCGCUUCUACAUGAACCGCAUCUCCAUUCGCAUGCUCAUCAACCAGCACACUCUGAUCUUUGAUGGCUCCACAAAUCCAGGACAUCCCAGCAGCAUCGGGUGCAUUGACUCCUGCUGUGACGUCACAAAUGUAAUCAGAGAUGCAUAUGAGUGUGCUAAAAUGCUCUGCGAGCAGUAUUACCUCGGAUCUCCUGAGCUGGAGCUUAGAGAGAUAAACGCAAAGAACAAGUCGCAACCAAUCGAGAUUUCCUACGUUCCUUCUCAUCUCUACCACAUGGUUUUUGAGCUCUUCAAGAACGCAAUGAGGGCUACUAUUGAGAAUCAUGAAACAAGCAGCACGCUGCCACCAAUCAAAGUCAUGGUUGCUCUAGGCAGAGAGGACCUGUCAAUCAAGAUCUGUGACAGGGGCGGUGGUGUUCCUUUCAGGAAGACUGAUAGACUUUUCAGCUACAUGUAUUCGACAGCACCCAGACCUACUAUUGGUGAUCAUCAGCGAACCCCAAUGGCUGGCUUUGGUUACGGCCUUCCCAUCUCCCGUCUGUACGCACGCUACUUCCAAGGCGAUCUCCAGCUUUAUCCAAUGGAGGGGUACGGCACUGAUGCUGUAAUUCAGCUGAAGGCCCUGUCCACAGACUCAGUAGAGAAGCUUCCAGUGUUCAAUCAGACUGCCUUGCGCCAUUACAAAUUCGCCCAGGAAGCUGACGACUGGUGCGUCCCGAGCAAGGAGCCGCUGAACUUAGCUGCGUUCAAGGCUGCAAAGUGAACCACCGGAAAUAUGACAAAGGCCUUCAAGAAAUUGCCAAGAUAGCACACCAUUGCGAAUGCUCGCAUUCCCUACUGAACUGGGGACCAGUGACAGCAUUUCCCAAUGCUCUUUGAGUACUGUUGUCUGGGAACACCUAAACUGCAUGUGGCCAGAAUUGAAAAUGCAAAACAGUAGAUUCCUUGGUAAAAAAAUAAGUUAUUACUAUGGUGCUGCUGAAGUUGGUGUUUUUCAGCAAAAGCUCAGGGAUGAAGAGUCCCGCGCAUGUUAAGGCCUGGAGGGGCAAGAGAUUGGAUGAAUGUGAAUCUGAUUGAAGCAGAGUUAAGUGUAAAAGCAGGUGGAGAGAAGUGUAUGUAUUGCACAGGAGUAAAUACAGAAGGCAGAAGAAAAGUAGCUGGGAUGAGUGAGAAGUGGAAAAGUCAGAAAAAGUCAAAAUACAGGAGGAUGUGGCCAAAAAUGUUUUUUUUCCUCUUUAAAGAGGCUGGAUGGUUUGAAAUCAUACUUGAUGUGUGAUUAACACUUAUUAUAUAAGAAAAAAACAUCUAUGUAAGCACAUAUUAAUAGCACAGUAUUGUUGUGUUUGAUUGCUUUAUGAAUGACCACAAAAUGUAUACACUCAGUGUUGUGUUCACACUAUUUAUCAUUGUUAAAUGGACCUUUGCUGUUUGAGUUUUGUAAUAUUAAAUAAAUCUGAUAUUUUCUCAUCAA